AAAUCUCCGCCAAGAGCUUUGAUUCCACACACUGUCAAUCCUAAGAGGCCUUUAGGCUUCGAGCUUCAUCCCGAAUUCGGUCCUGCACAGAAAUGUUAGGAGCCUGGAACCAAGCGAGGACGUGCGGAACAAGCAUUAGUCUGCAAAGCCAAGGUGGCGGAAGUGUCAACCAAUUAGGAGGAACCUUUCUCAACGGCAGACCUCUACCAGAAUCCAAGAGAAGGAAGAUGAUUGCGCUGGCCUCGGAGGGAGUCCGCCCAAGUGACAUAUCCAGAAUUCUUCGGGUUUCCAACGGGUGCGUCAGCAAGAUACUGUGCCGCUACAGGCGCACAGGGCUGGUGAAGCCCAAAUCCAUAGGAGGCAGCCGCCCUCGGCUUCUCACUCCCGGCGUCAUCUCCACCAUCAUCCAGUGCAAGAGGGAAACGCCAACUAUUUUUGCUUGGGAAAUACGAAAACGACUUGCAAGAAUUUGUAAAGCCGCAAAAAUUCCAAGUGUGUCAUCCAUAAAUAGGAUUUUGCGAAAAAUCCACCUGGAUCACGGGAUAAUGUGCAUGGAGGUCAAUGCUCCCAUCAGAGCUGAGCUGGAUCAUUACUCUAUGGUUGAAGAAGUGAACAAGCAAGUGAUGAACUCUGAUGAGCAGAAACCUGAAGGUGCCCAGCACAAGAACCGCACCACUUUCACCCCGGAGCAGAGCAGAGCACUCGAGCGAGAAUUUUCCCAGAGCCAGUACGCUGAUCUGUAUACAAGAGAGAAGCUGUCAGCUGAAAUUAAACUUCCUGAGGACACCAUUAAGGUAUGGUUUUCCAACAGACGAGCUAAAUGGAGGAGGGAAAACAAACACAGAAGCAGAACAAAAACCUCAGACCUGCAGCAGCAAAGAGACUGCCUUCUUUUAAAUCAAGCCGUCACACACAGCUUUACGUCACAGGAAACGGAUGCAUUAAGAAUAAACUGUCAACACAGUUUAUUCUUACCCAGAGUCUCCAGGAAGCUACACAAUGGCUUCUUCUCUCAAACAGCAGCUGUUCCUCAGCAGGUGUUUGACACGUUGCCACACACCGCAAAUAGGACUCCACGGCAAUGCAACAGAGAUGCAGUCAUGUUCCCUCUGACUCAAGACAACAUGUACCCAAAGAAUGCUUUCCAGCUGGCCUCUGAGGACUUCAUAACCCACUCCCAUGUUUGCCAGCAGUGGAACAAGCAGAGCACAUCGUUUAUGUGGAGCCAGUUUCAAACAAAUGGGAACUUCCUGUCUCACCAGGAUGUGCAUCAUCUGGGGCGCAUGACUGCAGAGAAUUUCUGGCCAGUAGAUGGAGACAAAAGACUGACAUUGCAACAAGUCCUUCACACUUCGCUUCUGUAAAAUGGAUAUACUGUGAAAAGAUAAAUUCAGUAUUGCAGAAAAGAUUUGUUUCAUUGAUACUAGAAAAUUGAUUCAGUAAAAUAUUACAUUGAAAAGAUCUGUCACAUUGAUUAUUUGAGAAGAUAAAAAUAAUGCAAUAAUUUCCCUCAGAAAACAGGAAAAAAGUAAAUCCAGGAUGUACUAAAUAAAGUUGGAAAGAUUAA